AAAGAAGAAAAAAUUCGCCUACUACGACAACGUUUAGUGGAGCGUGAAGCUCAAAUGAAAACCGCCGAUACAAAUGGUUGCGGUGGUCCGCUAACAUCAGGUGGCAUCAACAAUGGUACACAUCCACCCGCCGUAACAACCACAGGUACCUCAUUAGGGGUAUACACCUCGGCAACGUCCUCACAUUUACCACCCGCCGCAUCACUAGCAAUUACACAAGCUGCUAUAGCUGUGGCAGCUAUGGCUGGAGUCAAACCUCCCACCACAAUUGCCGCCUCCACUAUCGAUAUAACCAAUACAGAUGUUAACACACCCCUUCUGCUGGAGCCUUUGCAGCGGCAGGCAUCUUGUAAUUCGAUAUCAUCCUCCAUAUCGCCAACCAUUGCCAUGACAGUCCUGCAAACAACGACUAGAGGUAAACGUGAUUCGGCAUUGCAACCAUUGAUACAACCUGAGGGUACAUCGGCAACUUCGGAUUUCGAUAGUGCCAUAUGUCUGGGUAGUGGUUUUGGUGGAUAUUCGCAAUUAACAACCACGACAACAACGCGUUCACGGGCCGCCAGUCAAUCGUCGGCAUUUGAGUUCUCCGAUAAUUGCCAAUAG